CUAACCGGGCAGCUAGCCCAAGCUCUGGGCAGUGAAAGGGAGGGAGCACAGGCCUCCAGGAGACGGUGAUGGAGACAAGCAGCCCGCGGCCGCCGAGGCCCAGCCCCAACCCAGGGCUAAGCCUGGACGCGCGGCUGGGCGUGGAUACGCGCCUCUGGGCCAAGGUGCUGUUCACUGCGCUCUUCUCGCUUAUCUUUGCCCUGGGCACUGCAGGCAAUGCGCUGUCCGUGCACGUGGUGCUGAAGGCGCGGGCCGGCCGCACCGGGCGCCUGCGCUACCAUGUACUCAGCCUGGCGCUCGCGGCGCUGCUGCUGCUGCUGGUCAGCGUGCCGGUGGAGCUCUACAACUUCGUGUGGUCCCACUACCCCUGGGUCUUCGGCGACCUGGGCUGCCGCGCCUACUACUUCGUGCGCGAACUGUGCGCCUACGCCACAGUGCUGAGCGUUGCCAGCCUGAGCGCUGAGCGCUGCCUGGCCGUGUGCCAGCCGCUGCGCGCCCGCCGCCUGCUCACUCCGCGCCACACCCGCCGCCUGCUGUCCUUGGUCUGGGCCGCCUCUCUUGGCCUCUCCCUACCUAUGGCGGUGAUCAUGGGACAGAAACACGAGCUGGAGACCACCAGCGGGGAACCUGAGCCCGCCUCGCGCGUGUGCACAGUGCUAGUGAGCCGCGCCACUCUACAAGUGUUCAUCCAGGUGAAUGUGCUGGUGUCCUUCGUGGUCCCCUUAGCACUAACUGCUUUCCUGAACGGGGUCACCGUGAGCCACCUGAUGGCCCUCUACUCUCAGGUACCAUCAGCUUCUGCCCAAGUCAACUCUAUCCCCAGCCGCCUGGAGCUGCUAAGUGAGGAAGGCCUCCUGGGCUUCAUCGCGUGGAGAAAGACCCUCUCCCUGGGGGUCCAGGCCAGCCUGGUGAGACACAAGGAUGCCAGCCAGAUCCGCAGCCUCCAGCACAGCGCCCAGGUUCUCAGAGCCAUUGUGGCGGUGUAUGUCAUCUGCUGGCUGCCGUACCAUGCCCGCAGGCUCAUGUACUGCUACAUCCCUGAUGAUGGAUGGACUGACACACUCUACGAUUUCUAUCACUACUUCUACAUGGUGACCAACACCCUCUUCUACGUCAGUUCGGCAGUGACACCUGUUCUUUACAACGUUGUGUCCUCCUCCUUCAGAAAGCUCUUCCUGGAAGCCCUCAGCUCCCUAUGUGGCGAGCAGCACUCCAUGGUGCCCUUACCCCCAAAGCCCCAGAGUCGUCCCCUAGUACAUACAGCUUCAGGCUUUGGGGAUCCCCCAGAAACCCCAGUCUGGGUGAAAUACAAGUAUGAAGAGAUCAAGCAACAGCUGUUCGAUGAGCACACCCAGCAGACAAGUCUCAGCAUCACUAAUAAUCCACACAUCGCAGUCAGGUGGAUCUCCUGACCCAGCUCUACCCGUUACUCAGCCACUUACAAGCCAGUACUACAAGCAAGUCACAUAACACCUCUGAGUUUCAUUUCCCACUUAUGUGAUGAAGUUAAAGAAUAGGACCCACCUUUUGGUGAUAAAAACGCUUAGUGCCAGGCCUGGUGCAUAGCCAGUGCUCAAUAAAUUUUAGCCGGU